UCGGCAGACGCCAUCAACAUCGUUCCCAGAAAGCCCCAGAGAUUUUGAUAGAAUACCCAACAUAUCCCACCCACCCGCGAAGUAAAACUCAGAGGCUUUUUUCGGAGCCAGUUCCUUCGGGAGUGUCCCCUCCUUUUUUCCAAAGCCCCUCCGCUUGGCUUUCCUUCUCACUGUUUCUUCUUCAAUUCUUCACAUUUCGUCUAUCAGAUUCGUUUGAUCAGACGGUCCAGCUCUCUCCAUCAAUGACUAUGAUGACUCCUCCACCAAUAGAUCAAGAAGACGAGGAGAUGCUCGUGCCGCAUUCGGAUUUGGUCGAGGGACCUCAGCCUAUGGAAGCAGCUCAAGUGGAGCCCGCUAGUACAGUUGAGAAUCAUCAAGUGGAAGAUCCUCCAACUAUGAAAUUCACCUGGACUAUUGAGAACUUCUCUAGGUUGAACACUAAGAAGCAUUACUCUGAGAUCUUCAUUGUUGGCGGUUAUAAAUGGAGAAUACUAAUAUUCCCCAAGGGUAACAAUGUGGACUAUUUGUCCAUGUAUUUAGACGUGGCAGAUUCUUCGACAUUGCCAUAUGGUUGGAGUAGAUAUGCACAAUUUAGCUUGGCUGUGAUUAAUCAGAUUCAUAAUAAGUUUUCGAUAAAAAAGGACACACAACACCAGUUUAAUGCAAGAGAGAGUGAUUGGGGAUUCACAUCAUUCAUGCCUCUGAGUGAUCUUUAUGACCCUAGCAGGGGAUAUUUAGUGAAUGACACCUGUGUUGUUGAAGCUGAGGUGGCUGUCCGUAAGGUUCUUGAUUACUGGUCAUAUGACUCAAAGAAGGAAACUGGUUAUGUUGGACUCAAAAAUCAGGGGGCAACUUGUUACAUGAAUUCACUCCUUCAGACAUUGUACCAUAUUCCUUAUUUCAGAAAGGCUGUCUACCAUAUGCCGACGACUGAAAAUGAUAUGCCUUCAGGAAGCAUACCUUUGGCACUGCAGAGUUUAUUCUAUAAGCUUCAAUACAAUGACAGCAGUGUUGCAACAAAAGAAUUGACCAAAUCUUUUGGAUGGGAUACAUAUGAUUCUUUUAUGCAGCAUGACGUGCAAGAACUCAACAGAGUUCUGUGUGAAAAGCUUGAAGACAAAAUGAAGGGAACUGUUGUUGAGGGGACGAUACAACAGUUAUUUGAAGGACACCAUAUGAACUACAUUGAAUGCAUCAAUGUGGACUACAAAUCUACAAGAAAGGAGUCUUUUUACGAUCUCCAGCUUGAUGUUAAAGGGUGUCGUGAUGUUUAUGCUUCCUUUGACAAAUAUGUGGAGGUUGAACGACUUGAGGGUGAUAACAAGUACCAUGCUGAAGAACAUGGUUUGCAGGAUGCUAAGAAGGGCGUCUUGUUUAUUGAUUUCCCUCCAGUCCUUCAGCUUCAGCUAAAGCGGUUUGAAUAUGAUUUUAUGCGGGACACGAUGGUAAAGAUAAAUGAUCGCUACGAAUUUCCUCUUCAACUUGACCUUGAUAAGGAGAAUGGCAAAUAUCUAUCACCUGAAGCAGAUAGGAGUGUCCGCAACCUUUAUACCCUUCAUAGUGUUUUGGUUCAUAGUGGUGGGGUGCAUGGCGGACAUUACUAUGCUUUUAUCAGACCAACCCUUACUGAUCAGUGGUACAAGUUUGAAGAUGAACGUGUGACAAAAGAGGACAUAAAGAGGGCUUUAGAAGAGCAGUAUGGUGGUGAAGAAGAGUUGCCUCAGACCAAUCCUGGCUUCAACAAUACUCCCUUCAAAUUUACAAAAUACUCUAAUGCAUACAUGCUUGUGUAUAUAAGGGAAAGUGACAGAGACAAAAUUAUUUGUAAUGUUGACGAGAAGGACAUAGCUGAACACCUAAGGAUAAGAUUGAAGAAAGAGCAGGAAGAGAAAGAGGAUAAGAGAAGAUAUAAAGCACAAGCCCACCUAUUUACUAUCAUUAAGGUUGCACGCGAUGAAGAUCUUGCAGAACAGAUUGGAAAGGAUAUCUAUUUUGACCUUGUGGAUCAUGACAAAGUUCGCAGUUUCCGUAUCCAGAAACAAACGCCCUUUAAUGUUUUCAAGGAGGAGGUUGCCAUAGAAUUUGGCAUACCUGUGCAAUUUCAACGGUUCUGGAUUUGGGCAAAACGGCAAAACCAUACAUAUCGCCCCAAUCGGCCAUUGACCCUGCAGGAGGAAGCACAAUCUGUUGGACAAUUGAGAGAGAUUUCAAACAAGACACAUAAUGCAGAGUUAAAGUUGUUUUUGGAAGUGGAGCUUGGGCCGGAUUUACAUCCUAUUCCUCCACCUGACAAAUCUAAGGAAGAUAUUCUACUAUUCUUCAAGUUUUAUGAUCCUGAGAAAAAGAAGCUAAGAUAUGUUGGUAGGCUUUUUGUGAGGAGUUCUGGUAAGCCAAUUGAAAUUUUGGGGAAACUUAAUCAAAUGGCUUGCUUUCCUCCUGAUGAAGAGAUUGAACUCUACGAGGAAAUAAAGUUUGAGCCUUGUGUCAUGUGUGAACACCUUGACAAGAGGACCUCUUUCCGGUCAAGUCAGAUUGAAGAUGGAGACAUUAUUUGCUUUCAAAAGUCUCCUCCACUUGAACGUGAAGAAGAAUGCAAAUAUUCAGAUGUUCCUUCAUUUUUGGAAUAUGUACACAACCGUCAGAUUGUUCAUUUUCGAUCUUUGGAGAGACCAAAGGAAGAUGAUUUUUGUUUAGAGUUGUCAAAGGUACAUAGUUAUGAUGAAGUAGUGGAAAGAGUGGCCUGCCGAAUUGGAUUGGACGAUCCUUCCAAAAUCAGGCUCACAGCUCACAACUGCUAUUCACAGCAGCCUAAGCCUCAGCCAAUCAAGUAUAGAGGAGUAGAGCAUUUGUCAGAUAUGCUAGUUCAUUACAAUCAGACUUCUGAUAUUCUAUACUAUGAAGUUCUGGACAUUCCCCUGCCAGAAUUACAAGGUCUAAAAAAUCUCAAAGUUGCUUUUCAUCAUGCAACAAAAGAUGAGGUGGUGAUUCAUAAUAUCAGAUUGCCAAAACAGAGCACUGUUAGAGAUGUGAUCAACGUACUUAAAACAAAGGUAGAGUUGUCUAAUCCAAAUGCAGAACUCAGACUGCUCGAAGUUUUCUAUCACAAGAUCUAUAAGAUCUUUCCUCACAAUGAAAAGAUUGAGAAUAUAAAUGACCAAUACUGGACUUUACGAGCAGAGGAGAUUCCAGAAGAAGAGAAAAACCUGGGUCCUCAUGAUCGCUUAAUUCAUGUUUACCACUUCACUAAAGAGACUGCACAAAACCAGAUGCAAGUCCAAAACUUUGGAGAACCCUUCUUCUUGGUUAUUCAUGAAGGUGAAACUUUAGCUGAAGUUAAAGUGCGUGUACAAAAGAAGUUGCAAGUUCCAGAUGAUGAGUUUUCCAAGUGGAAAUUUGCAUUCUUGUCACUGGGUCGUCCAGAGUAUCUACAAGAUUCUGAUAUUGUUUCAAGUCGUUUUCAGAGAAGAGAUGUUUAUGGUCCUUGGGAACAGUACCUUGGGCUGGAGCACUCAGAUAAUGCUCCAAAGAGAGCUUAUGCUGUAAACCAGAAUCGUCACACAUUUGAGAAGCCUGUUAAAAUAUAUAACUAGGUUAGAGAUGAUGAUCCUCCGGAGGCGCAUUUAGCUUACAUCGAGCAGUCCUCACAGCCACAAUGAAUUGAUGAUCAAAUGGAAAAGGUAAAGAUGAAAGUAAAGUGGCGUAUUGGAAAAGGAACGAUGAAAAGCCCAAAUGGAGGUGAUUUGUGUAGGAUUCAAUUAUUGGUUUGUAGGUUGAAUUAUUUUUUCCUGAUAUGGGUGGGGAAGGAGAGAGAUAGUAUAUUGUUAUUCCCUGCUCGAGUUCUAGUGUCUGUUCCCAUCAGGUUUUGUUUUCCUUUUUCCUUUUUUCCAAAUAUGAAAGCCCCUCCUUUUGCCUUCAGAGGUUGGUGGCUUUCCAUAUAUAUACAGCUCCAUUGUAAUUUAGCAGUACAUAAGGAGAUUUUGAGGGGAUGUAUAUCAGGUAUAGUCGGCUGCAUUUGACACAUUUUUCAACUUCUUUUUUUUUUUUUAAAUCCUUUUAUGUUUGACUUGGAAAAAGAUGCAAAGGAAAAUGAUUAUCUCUGGAGGUGGCUGAGUUUGUAAAUGGUUGAUCGUUAAACCUGGUUGUAGGAUUGUGUAGAAAUUACCUUGCUGCUUUGCAGUCUGGAUUGUUUAACUAAUAGAGCAUUUUCAUAAUUUAUGAUUUUUA